GAAGCCAUCAUACCACUAGUAGUAAAUGGCGGGUUUAAGUGUUCUCUUAGAACAAAGGGCCUUCCCAAAAUACACCCGGAUCGUGAGCAAAACUUCCGUCCUCAAGAACUCUUCUCCCUUCUCUGCUGCUCCCACUUCUUCUUCUACCCAAGGAAGCACUUUCUUGGAAUACUGCUAUCUUUGCAGGAGAAAACUUCAAGAAGGCCAGGAUAUCUACAUGUACAGAGGGGAUCGAGCCUUCUGCAGCGAGGAGUGCCGGUGCCGGCAGAUAUUUAUGGACGAGGAGAGCGGAAAGAGGGAUCACUGCUCCCUGGCCGCCGCCGCCGCGGCCGAUGGAAAGUACCGGGCCGGGCGCCGCCGGCCGAGGGCGGCCGCCGGCGAACGGGCGCUGGCCGGUGGGUUUGCUUACUAGUAGCAGGGUAGGGAGGAAGAACAGCAGUGGAUGUUUUUUAAUCAUAUUAUGGUUUGACAGAAUUACCCACCGUUUUUUUCUUUCUUUUUGGUCCGGGGAGAAAAGAGUGCACGUUUUAAGGUUAUCUUGGUCUUUUUGUCAUAUCAUCUAGUUGCUUUAUUAGACAAUCUAUAUAAAAUAGACUAAACGGAGAUGCCAGCUCACGAACAGUACAUCUGUAUCCAUCGUGAGCAGUGUAACAUUUUGAGAAUAUAAAUGUAAAGAACAAUAUAAGUGUUGGUCA